GUCAUCUGGUGAAAUCAUUCAUUGAGCCUUGAGUUGUGGGGAUGAUUUGUUUCCAUUGGGUUUUGAGAAAUUUAAGAGCUUUACAGUAAGGUGAUAUGUCGUAUGGAGUUUGUGCUGAUCAACAUACCCUUUUGUUGGAAGAAAUAAAUAUGGGGCUUAACUGAUGAAAAUUUUGUGAAGGCCAAAUGUUUGAUGAAUAGUGAGGUGGCAAUACUUCUUGAGCAUAGAUGCGAGCAACUUAAGCAGAUGUCUGACGAUCAAUUGAAUCGAAUUCCACAAGUUUUUGAGAAGUCACUGCAGUAUGUCCAGCGUUUUAGCCGCUUCAGCAAUCAGGAAGCUGUGAAGCAGGUUCGAGAAGUACUUAGUCGAUACCAGUUGGCAGAAUACGAGCUUGCUGUUAUUGGAAAUCUUCGCCCUGAAGCUGCGGAUGAAGCUCUUGCUGUUGUGCCUUCUCUAAAGACCAAAGGAAGAGGUUAUGACGAGGAAACGAUCGAGAAGAUGCUGAAUGAACUAGCUCUAAUCAAGAAAUUUGAAUGAGUUAUCCAAUUCCCUACUCCCAUCAAGAUCAACAUGCACACAUGAAAUGAAGUAUUUCUUUGCUGGCCAGGCUUUUGGUGCCGCUGCUGCUGCAUGUUCUGAUCAAUGAGAUUUUUUAUUUUUUUAUUUAUUUAUCACAUUUGAAUAUUUGAAUUUAGUUGGGUGUUUGAAAGUUAGAUACAGAGUUGCUUGUCAUUGAUGAAACUGUGGACAACACAGUUCAAUAUUGAAGGAUGUUGUAGUGUAGAAGACAAUACUGAAAGCAUAAAUAUUGAAGGA